AUGGAACAACUCGUACUUGUUUUACGGAGAGAUGUUUUGAAGACUUUCGUGCGAAGCUUUGCUGUCAAGAAGAAACCCAAUUACGCUGACCAACCUGAAAAGAUCAAUAAGCCCGUUCUGGUAAAGACUCUGAGAGGUUUUCAGUUUAAUGAUGGGGACCAUGUCUAUAAGGGCGAUAUUUUAAUAGGCCUGGAGAUCUAUCCAGGUGAGAAUGUGCGGUUGAACAGGGACACUUGGGACCUCAUCGCUCUACGCAAUGGUCGCUUUACCAUCACUACGGAGACUCUGUCGCCCUAUCCGGACAGUCCCCUUUACCCCGUGGUUAAGGAGGAGGGUCGCGUUUUGCGACGUCCUUUCGUGCACGUCAUCGCACCACCCACCGUCCCCGUGUUCAAAUUGAAACGUUACCUAUAG